GUGAGAUAGAUAAGAUAAGAUAAUUUGAUAAUUAUUUCGUCGCAGUCCAGAAAGUUACCUAUCAUUUUGAAUGUAGCCUAGACAAGGAGUGGUCGGCUUUGUAUGAUUUCCUUCUCGGAUUGUCCGUUGUAACAUUUCAUAAGAAAGUCGCAGUCUCGCGGAGAAGGCUGAAAAUGAGCAACAGAUUCGCAGACGUAGAUACGCACGCUGUGCUGCUCAUGGAGGACAAGGAGAUGAAGACUUACCGCCAGAAGAUGCUCGCCGAGAAACAACAGCACGACUGGGAAAUGAAACUGUUGGAGAAGGAAAGACGAAUCGCCUGGAACUCCGACAGGGCUGAAGAAACCCGGCUGCUGUCUCGUCUGGAGAACAUAAACAAGCGCAUUCUGCAGAUAAACAAAGAAAAUUCCAGAAAACAGAGGGAGCAGACGAGAGCAAUGUUUUCGACCAAAAACAGACUCCUACAAGUAGGAUGCACUAAGUCGUCGCAGAAUUCGGAAGAAAACGAGAAAAAUGCCGUCUUAGCCAGAAAACCAUUUUUGUCGUCGUCUUGGCCGGGAGGCCUGGGGUACCUGGAUAUGUUCCAAGACUCGCACAGCGGUGCCCUGAAGCAAGGAGGCCUAAAGCUUGACCCUGAUGCAAAGCCGCUCAAGAGCCAAGCAACUUCAAUACCAGGCCAUCCUUCCAUACAACAGACGCUGUACCACAUUCCCGUGAUCUCUGAAAAGCCCGGCCACGUGCAACCAAGAAACACGACCGCUUCACCGCAGAAGUCGAAAAAUAAAAAGAAGCGCGACCACAAACUGCACUCAGAAACCAACGACGAGGACACCAAGGAACCAGUCAAACCCAGACUAGCCCGCCGUGCAAGCAUGGACCCGAAGGUCCUCGCGUCCCUCUUGAACGUCGAUGAAUCUUUAGUUCAGAAACAGAAUCAGGUUUUCCAGAGGGCAAGGCUAAACUCCGACGCCGCUCUCAGAGUGAACGCCGACGAUGCGCAAGAACAAACAGACGAAAACGAAAAGAGUAACAAGAAGACGCCGUGUAUAAGUAAGAUCCAGCGCAGGGCAAGCGUGACCUCCAUGCAUUUGUCCAGUGACUUGUUAAAAGUCGGCUUUCCGGAUUGGAAGGCCCGGGAAGAAAUGUUGCCGAUAACGUGCCCCAACACCGAACAGUCGCCACCGACUGGUUUCAGUUUUGUCUCCCAGGCCCGGAGAAGCUCCCUGCCGUCCCUGUCCACCGCACAUCACGCCAUGCACGCGAAGCUGGGUUCGACUGCUACAAGAAAGAUGAGCAAAUCGAAAACCUCGUCGUUAGACAAGCUCGAAAAUGUGAUCGAAGAAAGCGAGGAAAAUUUGCACCAUUCGAAACCACGAAGAUUUUGAUACCAUGUGAGUACCAUGUCGAUCGAUUGUAAUUUAUCACCUGAAAGAAAGAAAGAACUACAGGGACAACAACAUGUGUUCUUACGAACUAUUACAGGUUGGAGAGCGUCUAGAUCUCAGACCUGCCAACUGUAAUUUCCUAGCUAGGGUAUAAUCUGUGUUUUAAGUAUCGUAGCUAUGCUAUAUGUCAUAGGGACUUAGAGACAAGAUCCUGUGUGAAAUAGACUCAUUGAAACGAUGGAAAAGUCAAUGUCGUGGUCAUCUCUUCACAAGCUACAUUGUUAAUAUAUAGGAAGGAGGAGCACAUGCAUUUCUUACGCUGUACGAACGCGUUGAAACCCUGAGAUUUAUUUUUACAAAUCAGGUUUUGUUUUAGUCUGGUCCAGGACUAGCUCAACAGAUCAUGUAUGAUGUACUCUGGCUGUCUUCUGGUUGUAAAUAAACAC